CUCCCCAUAAACCGGCUCUGUCACUUCUUCGUGGUUCGUGCGUCUUGACGACGGUAACCAGGAACGGAGAUUUAGCAAAUAUCACCAUCGAUAUUAAACUUCUUUAUAAAAUAUACAGCAUGCAGCUCAAACACCUGAAGACUCUUCUUACCCCACAGGACGGGGCUGCCAAAGUGACCUGCAUGGCAUGGGCACCGAACAACGCCAAGUUUGCCGUGUGCACCGUUGACCGGGUAGUUCUGCUGUACGACGAACAGGGAGAGAGACGGGAUAAGUUUUCAACCAAGCCUGCAGACUCCAAAUAUGGAAAGAAAAGCUACAUGGUCAAGUCUAUAGCAUUUUCACCGGAUUCCACCAAGAUCGCCAUUGCCCAAACUGAUAAUAUCAUAUUUGUAUACAAAAUUGGAGAAGAUUGGGGUGACAAAAAAGUUAUCUGCAACAAGUUUGUACAGACAAGUGCUGUAAUAUGUCUGCUUUGGCUAGCAGAACACUCUAUAGUUUUUGGACUGGCAGAGGGAAAAAUUCGUGUGGCCAACACAAAAAACAACAAAUCAUCUACAGUCUAUGGAACAGAAUCCUAUGUUGUCUCGCUGACUUCAAAUGUCUCCGGUAAAGGAAUCCUUUCAGGCCAUGCAGAUGGGACUGUUGUGCGGUAUUUCUUUGAGGAUGAAGGUUCUGGUGAAUCCCAGGGCAAAUUGCUCACACACACCUGCCCACCAUAUGCUCUUGCAUGGGGAAGCAACAGCAUUAUUGUGGCUGGGUCUGAUAAGAAGAUUGUGGCAUAUGGCAAGGAGGGCCAUGUUCUGCAGAUGUUUGACUACAGCCGGGAUUGCUCAGAGAAGGAGUUUACUGUUGCAGCCACCAGCCCCAGUGGACAGUCAGUAGUGUUGGGCAGUUAUGAUAGAUUAAGGGUUUUCAACUGGAGUCCUCAAAGAGGUGCUUGGGAUCAGGCAUCUCCCAAAGAAAUUCCCAACCUGUACACCAUUACGGCUCUUGCGUGGAAAAAAGAUGGCUCACGGCUCUGCACGGGUACGCUGUGUGGUGGAGUGGAGCAAUUUGACUGUUGCCUUCGCAGAAGCAUCUACAAGAACAAAUUUGAGAUUACUUAUGUGGGCCUUAAUCAGGUGAUUGUGAAGAACCUCUCUACAGGCACACGAGUGGUCCUGAAGUCACAUCAUGGUUAUGAAAUUGUUGAAGUGAAAAUCAUGGGCAAGGACCGCUACCUGGUUGCACACACCUCUGACACUCUGCUUCUGGGAGACCUGGGAUGCAACAAACUGAGUGAGGUAGUGUGGCAAGGCUCUGGAGGAAAUGAAAAGUUUUUCUUCGAAAAUGAAACAGUGUGUAUGGUUUUCAAUGCUGGAGAAUUGACCCUGGUGGAGUAUGGCAACAAUGAGAUUUUGGGAUCUGUUCGCACGGAGUUUAUGAACCCCCACCUUAUCAGUGUGCGUCUGAAUGAGAGGAGGCAGAGGGGCAUGGAGGAUAACAAGAAGUUAGCCUAUCUAAUUGACAUGAAAACCAUUGCAAUUGUUGACUUAUCUGGUGGAUGUAACCUUGGAAAUGUUGGCCAUGACUCAAAGAUUGACUGGCUGGAGUUGAAUGAGACUGGACGGAAGUUGCUCUUCAGGGACAAGAAACUUCGGCUGAACUUGUUUGAUAUUGAGAGUGGUUUAAAGACCACUGUGCUGAGCUUUUGCUCCUACGUUCAAUGGGUGCCUGGCAGCGAUGUUGUUGUUGCACAAAAUCGUGGAAACCUCUGUGUGUGGUACAACAUCGAUAGCCCUGAAAGAGUGACCCUGUUCCCUCUAAGAGGUGAUAUUGUGGAUUUGGAACGGAACAAUGGCAAAACUGAGGUCAUUGUCAUAGAAGGAGUGAACACUGUCUCCUAUACUUUGGAUGAAGGACUGAUUGAGUUUGGAACAGCCAUCGAUGAUGAAGACUUUAACAGAGCAACUGCAUUCCUGGAGACCCUGGAAAUGUCUUCUGAAACCGAGGCUAUGUGGAAGACGUUGAGUAAGCUCUCUCUAGAAGCACGACAAUUGCACAUUGCAGAAAGGUGCUUUGCAGCUUUGGGUGAUGUAUCCAAGGCUCGCUUUUUGAAUGAAACCAACAAAAUGACUGAUUCCAUCUCGAAGGAUUAUUGUGAUGAUGGCACAGAACACUACCAAGCAAAAGCACGUUUAGCAAUGCUUGACAAAAACUACAAACUAGCUGAAAUGUACUACAUGGAACAGAACGCAAUAAAUGAGGUGAUGCAAAUGUACCAGGAGCUGCAUAUGUGGAAUGACUGCAUAGCAGUGGCUGAGGCAAAGGGUCAUCCUGAGUUGGACAGUCUACGCCACAAUUACUACGCCUGGCUGAUUGAGACCAAUCAGAACGAAAUGGCAGGGGAGGUGAAGGAAAAAGAGGGUGACUACACAGGGGCUAUUAACCUGUACCUAAAGGCAGGGCUUCCAACUAAAGCUGCCUGGCUCAUCAUAAGCAUGGAUGAGGUCCUGACCAGCAACGAUGUCAUCAACCGCAUUACUGUUGCCCUCAUCAAAGGAGAGUUCUAUGAAAGGGCGGGUGACCUUUUAAAAAAAAUUAAGAAUAAUCAACGGGCCCUGGAUUGUUACUGCAAGGGCAAAAGCUUCAGAAAAGCUGUGGAGCUGGCUCGUGUGGCCUUCCCUUCGGAAGUAGUAAACUUGGAGGAGGCCUGGGGUGACUACUUGGUUCAACAGAAACAAAUGGAUGCUGCUAUCAACCAUUACAUAGAAGCUGGGUGCUCUUUUAAAGCAGUAGAAUCGGCCAUAGGAGCCCGGCAGUGGAAAAAAGCACUUCAUAUCGUGGAGCUGCAGGAGGACAGCUCUUCAUCCAAGUAUUACCUAAAGAUUGCCCAGCACUACGCCUCCAUACAGGAGUUUGAGGUAGCAGAGCACCUGUUUGUAAAAGGAGGCCAUAUCAAAGAAGCUAUUGACAUGUACACUCAGUCGGGAAGAUGGGAGGAAGCACACAAGCUUGCCAUGAAAUGCAUGACCCAGGAAGAAGUAUCUUCUCUCUACAUACGCCGGGCUUAUGAGUUAGAGCAGGCCGGGAAGUACAAAGAGGCUGAAAGGUUGUUUAUCACAGUCAGUGAGCCUGAUUUGGCGAUCACUAUGUACAAGAAGAACAAGAUGUAUGACGACACAAUCCGUCUGGUUGCCAGAUACCACGAAGACCUGCUGCUAGAAACUCACAUUCAUUUAGCUAAGGAACUGGAGAUUGAAGGACGAUUUCAGGAAGCUGAGUAUCACUACAUUGAGGGCCAGGACUGGAAAGCUGCAGUCAACAUGUAUGGCACUAAUGACAUGUGGGAGGAAGCCCAUAGGGUGUCAAAGAGCCAUGGACCAGCUAAUGCUCAUAAGCAGGUGGCAUACCUCUGGGGCAAAAAUCUGGGGGGAGAGGCAGCUGUCAAACUGCUUAAAAAAUUUGGCCUACUAGAGACUGCCAUCGACUUUGCAGCAGAAAACCGUUCAUUUGACUUUGCCUUUGAUUUGGCUCGGCUAUCAAUGAAAGAGAAGAUCCCUCAAAUCCACCUGAAGAAUGCCAUGUUCCUAGAAGAUGAGGGCAAUUUCGAUGAAGCAGAAGUGGAAUUCAUCAAAGCAGGAAAACCGAAGGAGGCUGUGAUGAUGUACAUCCAUGUCAAGGACUGGAGUGGAGCCCAGAGAGUGUCUGAAGGCCAUGACCCAGACAGCAUGGCAGAUGUGCUAAUGGCCCAAGCCAAAUGCUGCUUUGAGCAGAAAGACUUUCAAAAAGCAGAGUCCCUCCUCCUUCGUGCCCAGAGGCCUGAACUGGCCGUCAAGUACUACAAAGAUGCUAAGAUGUGGAGUGAUGCUAUGCGUAUCUGUAAGGAGUACCUACCGAGCCAACUAGCUGUUCUCCAAGAAGAGUAUGAAAAGGAGGUAGCAAAAAAGGGAAAUUGGGGAGUUGAGGACAUGGUGGAACAGGCUUGCAAGUGGGAGCAAUCAGGUGAAUAUGCUAGAGCAGUAGACUGUUACCUGAAGGUGAAGGACUCCUCCAACACAGCCCUGUUGGUGAAGUGUCAGAUGAAGGCAGCAGAACUGGCCAUCAAGUUUUUAUCACGUGAAAAAUCUGUUCAUGUCAUCCAGGCUGUCGGCCCAUGCCUGGUGCAGCACAGAAAAUACAGAGCGGCUGCCGAGCUCUACCUCAACAUUGAUCUCAUUAAGGAAGCUGUAGAUGCAUUCAUCGAGGGGGAAGAAUGGAACAAAGCCAAGAGAGUGGCCAAAGAGCUAGACCCAAGGCUGGAAGGAUAUGUUGACCAAUGCUACAAAGAACACUUGAGGAACCAAGGCAAGGUGGACUCACUGGUUGGAGUGGAUGUCAUGGCUGCAUUAGACAUAUACGUUGAGAGGGGGCAGUGGGAAAAGUGCAUUGAUACUGCAUCUAAGCAGAAUUUUAAGAUCCUGCAUAAAUACCUUGCUUUGUACGCCACCCAUCUGAUCAAAGAAGGCGAAGCAGAGAAAGUUCUCAAGUUAUAUGUUCAGCAUGGCGUGCCAGCAAACCCACAGAAUUUCAACAUCUACAAGCGCCUGUUCCAGGAGUGCAUGAACUUGCCUGACAAGGACAUUUCUGAGGCCUACAGGAUGUGGGCUGACCUGAGAGAUGUUUUAUAUUUGCUGUGUGAAAACCUGACCAAGUCUUCAGAAGCCAACUCUCCAGCCCAUGAGGACUUUGAGCAGAUGCUAGUUAUAUCUCACUAUUAUGCUACCCGUUCAGCAGCCAAGGGUGUUGACCAAUUGAGUACUUUGACAGCCAGGCUGUCCAUUUCACUACUGAGGCACACAGAUGUCAUUCCAGCAGACAAGGUCUUUUAUGAAGCUGGCCUUGCUGCCAAGGCUGUCGGGUGGGAGAGCAUGGCCUUUAUUUUCCUUAAUCGUUUUCUGGAUUUGGCUGAUGGUGUUGAUGAAGGUUCACUGGAUGCCUUAGACCAUACAGAUUUUCAGGAUACAGACAUUCCUUUUGAAGUCCCUCUGCCAUCAAAGCUCCAUGUGACUGUGGAGAAGAGGGAAGAGAUCAGGGACUGGGUUCUGACUGUAUCCAUGGAUCAGCGUGUGGAGCAGGUCCUGCCCAGAGAUGAGAGGAACACGUAUGAGGCCUCACUGCUGGCUGCCAACACCAGCAUCCGCUCACACCCCUGCAUCAUCACAGGUUACCCUGUCCUACGCAAUAAAAUUGAAUUCAAAAGACCAGGGAUGGCAGCCAACAAGGAUGAUUGGAAUAAAUUUCUGAUGGCUACCAAGACCAGUCACAGUCCAGAGUGUCAAGACGUACUAAAGUUCAUCGAAAAGUGGUGUGGGGGCCUUCCAUCAGCUGGCUACUCAUUCCAAUAAGAGGAAGGUUCUUUUUAGUACCUUUUUGUUUCCUUCUUUCAGUCAUCUGUCCCACUGCUUUUCUUGUGUUAAUAUAUAUCAUGUCAUGUCAUGUUACGAUUGUGGCAUGAGUGUGCACCCAUUAAUACUGAUAUCUGAUGGUAACUUGAAAACGCCUGCAACCUUUAACUCACCUUCCUGAUAUGGGGUACAAUCACACAAAAUAAUUCUGUUCAUAUCUAUGUAUAAUUACAAUUCGGGCACCUUUCUUCCAGUAUAAAUAAACAUAGGUAUGUAUUUUUAUAAAUAAAACAAUAAAAACAGAAGAUUUGUCAUCAAA